UUGAUGGUUACAAUGUAAUCUAACCUUGAUGUUCUGACGUUUAGAAAUUUGACGGCGGCGUUAUUGUAAAAAUGUAAUGCAUUGUGAAUAAUUUAAUUCCUUCAUUUCUUGCAUAUGAAAGGAUAUUACGUUUAAACGGAAUGCGCAAUGUGAUAAUUGGUCUAGGUUUCUUUUGCAAUCAUUUAUUUUUAGCACAAGAAUUUCUUAAGAGACAAAGCUUUCUUCUCAUCAGCUAUAUUAUUUUACGAAUAUAUAAACACAGGUAGUACUAAGAUCAAUAAGAAUCUGAAAUAUAAUGAUCUCAGAAAUUGGUACAGAAGGCUUUCAGCCAAGAGGGCUAUCAGAAGAACGCCUGUUUAAGUUGCAAUGUUUGAUUAAAGCAACAGAAAUACAGCACAGUGCUCAAUGUGAAUACGGAAAUAAACUAUUUUUAGCUCUUACAACUGGGAAUGCUGAAAUUUUUUUAUAUUACAAAAAGGAUUCUACAUCUGCUCCAAUAAUUAAAAGAAUUCCUUGGUUCCAAGGAUCUCACAAACAAAUUUCAGCUUUAUGUUUUCACUCUGUGGGAUCAUGGUUGCUCUCUGCAAGUGUUGAUGGCUCUGUAUAUAUUAUUCCUGCUUUGUGCUGGGUUGAUGAAAGUUAUGAUAGAGAUAGAAGAUGGACCAGUGAUGAUAUAACUUCUUUUCCUUCUAUUAGUUCACAAUCUUCCCAUUCAAAACCUACAGCAAUAGUAUGGUGGCAAAGCUCAGUAAUACCUGCUGAAAUUGGUAUUAUUGGAACUGAAUAUGGGGAGAUUUUAUUUAUAAAUCUCGAAACUGGUCACCAAACGAGCGUUACACAAGUUAAAGGAAAUAUUUCCAGUUUGCACAUUUGCCAUGAUCAGAGUAAUGACAUUGUAUCUCUCUUAAUAACAAGCCAAUCCCGACGGCAGUGGCGAUUACUUUUAGAACAGCGAACAUAUAGCUGUUUGCAUCAUUUGGAAAAUGGGGAACCAUAUAAUGUAUUGCACACAAAUGACAACAUGUACGAUAAUACAAAAAUAUUUGCUUCUACUAGAUCCAGACUGCAAGGACUCAAGCAGUUGUCUGUUGACAAACUUGCUAUACUUAGACAAAAGUUGAUAGAAACAAAAAGUCAAGCUUUAGGAGAAAAUCUGCAAUAUCAUGAUAUUACAAGUAACAGAAAUACUCACAAUAUAACUAUUCAUUCUGAUCCAUCUACAGAGGUGAAUCAAAAUCAGAUAACACCUGAAUUAAUGUCAUCAGAAGUGUUUCUGAUGUCUCAGUUUGACAGAGAAGGCCAACAAUUAUAUACAUGUUAUCAUUCUCUAACAAAUCAAAUACUGGUAUAUGGACCUAAUUUUAGGCCUCUAUCAGCACAUAAAGUAGUUGAAUCUUGUAGAAACGUUUUAUUAACUCAACGUUUUCUUUUUAUUACUGACGCUAGUCAGCGUGUAAUGUACGUGAUAUCAGACAGAUUAUCCGAAAAUCGUGAUGUUGAUAAAAGUGAUAUUGGGAAGUUUAAUCCAGAGUGUAUCGUUGGUUACUUUUCUUUAGCAAAUAGCAAAGAAGUAAUACGUGCCGUGUACAGAGCUAUCGAUUUCACUAACAAUGCGCCAACACCAUCUUCCGAUGAUACAAGAAAUAAAUACACGUUACCAAAGGGAAUAAAUGAUAUUAAAAUUGAAUUACCUCAUGUAGAUACUUGUAUAAUUGUAACAAAUCAUUCUGUGUAUAAAGUUGUUCUAAGGAAACCAAUAUUGUCAAUUUUUAUGGAAUUAGUAUUGCAAAACAAUGAACUUGAAAAAGCAGCAAAAUUGGCUAUAGUAUUUGGCAUUAAUGCGCAACAGUUGUUAGAGCAAGCUGGUGACAUACUUUUGACAAACAAAGACUUUCCACGAGCGGUGGCUUGUUAUAAAUUGUCUAAAUGUAGAAUAAUGAAGAGUAUGUUGAAAUUUGCAUCUGUUGGAUAUACAGCAGAUUACACAUUACGUUGUCUCACACACUGUUUAGCUUCUCCAGCUAUUAGUGAGCUACCUAUUGCAUCAAGAAUACAUCUUUCUAAUUUGUGUGUUCUUGCCUUUAUCGAACGUACGCUUAGAAUUUCAUCUCAAAAAUCUAAAGCGAUAUAUAAGGAGUUUUUAUAUUUCUUAUCUACGAAUUCUUUUUACGAUGAAUUGUUAGCGGUUAAUAUUGCAGGACAAACGUGUCUUUGGGAAGUGUUGCAUCAUCUAGCAACACAGAAGGGUCUUUAUGGACAGAUGUUGGAUAUACUUAUGAAGACAAUAUAUUCUUUCAGUACAAGCAAUUUCUAUCCAACACCAUAUGGUUUGUUAAUAUGUAUAAGUGAACCAAAUUUAAUGCAAGCAAUUUUAGUAAAUCCUGAGUUAGCUAGAAGUCAUAUGUCAUUUAUUGUUGAUAAUCUUCAAAACUCUCAAAUUUUUGUACUUCAGAGAUUGGUCACACUAUACGAUCCAACGAAUCCAGUGAUAAGACCUAGAAUAGUGCGAUGUAGAAUACGUCAUAGAACUACUUCGUAUAGUUCUCAAUCUAGUCAGUGUGAUUCUAUAGAUCUCGUGGAAAAUGAUGAGGCUGACACAUUGAUAGAAGAAAUUAUAGAAACUUUUUUACUAAUUUUACUGACUUUGAUUUAUAAAAAAUCUAUUUUACAUCAAGAAACUUCUCUUACGUGUAAUAUUGAAUUAUUAAACGUUAAAAAGGAUAGGAAUAAUACUACUUAUGGUGCUGAUUUCAAAAGAAGGCCUUUAUGUGCUGGAUUCUCUCACGUUAUUCUUAUUAGAAAUGGUAAUGUUUACACAUGGGGAAGUUCUGUACAGGGACGUUUAGGAACUGGUCCAUCUGUAUUGAGAUUUGGCCCUCCACAAGCUAUACCCUUUUUUCGGAUCAUGGAAGUCGAAGUUCUUAGCGUAUCCUGCGGUCAUUGUCACACUUUAGCAAUGACUAACAAUGGUGUUUAUGCUUGGGGAUCAAAUCAAUUCGGUCAGUUAGGUCUAGGCAAAAUUUUACAAUGUUCGUCACCCGAAUUAGUUACUUAUUUGGCUCAAGAAGUUAUUAUCGAUGCCGUGGCCGGUCAAUAUCAUUCUGUCGCGUUGACAUCGGAUGGCAGAGUUUUUACAUGGGGCUGGGGAGUCCAUGGCCAGCUGGGCCAUGGUAAUACCGAUAAAAAGAUGGUUCCCACGUUAGUCACAUCUUUACUUGGUACAGUUAUACGUUACAUUAGCGCCGGUCAUGCACAUACACUAGCCCUUUCAACAGAGGGUGCGGUGUACGCGUUUGGUUGCAAUAUUUUCGGGCAACUGGGUGUAGGGAAUAAUGUUAAAAGUUCAGUGCCAAUAAAAGUCUUAUUAUCAGAGAAAAUAUUUCUUAUUGCAACUGGAUAUUUUCAUAACCUCGCCGUUAGUUACACAAAUAAGUUAUACGUAUGGGGAGCAAGCCCCCAAGUUCUUCGAUUGCAAGCACAAACACAAAAGAGGGCUCGAAUAUUGGAGCAACGAGACAAUAUUAUAAAACAGUUUGAAAAUAUUGAUGAAUUUGAGAAAGUCCCGGAUCAAGCGAGUAUGAACGACACGAAUGAAGAGGUUUUCGAAGGCAAUGCACAAAAUAAAGAUGCACAAGUUAAAUCGACGGAAACUAGUCAUUCGGAGACACGGAAAAAGCAAUUAGAUAACGUUUGUCUAAAGAGUGUAAAUGUUGGGUCGAUCGAAGAAGUCCAAACACAUUUGAAACCAACAAUAGUAGAUACAAGUUUAGUAAGAGGGGAUAUCAUACAGAUAUCGACCGGGUGUCAUCAUAAUGCCCUCGUAACGAAAGACGGAUCGCUUUAUACGUGGGGUCGUAAUUUAGAUGGUCAAAUAGGCGACGGUAGCAGAAGGGAAAUACCAAUUCCCACUCCAUUAUGUUACAAUCCUGCUUCUGUCUUUGCACAAGUACCUCCAAGACAUAAUGCUUACAAACGAGGAGACGAAGAACAAGAAUUUGAUGGUGGAUUAAAGACGUCCACAAUGGGAGAAAGACAUAGAAACUCGAAUGAUGAAAGUAAACCAUUUCAAACGGAAAACAAUGAAUCUAGAGAAAAAGUAAAUCCUAUAAUUAAAACUGUUGGAGUCUGUUGCGGUUAUGAUUACACGGUUGCCAUUCAACCAGGAGGUACAGUUUUAGCUUGGGGUAAUAAUAGCAGAGCGCAAUUAGGCCGGGUUCUUGCAAAAGAUACACGCGAGAACGACGAUAAACUUGUAUUAAUUAAAAAACGCGUUGUACGACUACCCCAUACUUCGCAUAGAGCUAUGGAGGUGCCUAGUCAAGUUCCUAACAUUCCUGCACCCAUUAUUUCUUAUCAGAGUUAUGAUGUACCUCCUCUUGCGGGUGUUAUUCGUCCUUUAAGCGUUAUAGAAAAAUCAUCAGGAGAGUUAACGCUGCAUUAUGCAUUAGAAUAUUUCUCUGGUUUAUACGAUUCUUCAAGAAUCAUGGAUAAGUGUAUUGAACUGAGUAAUUAUCAAGCUUGCUCAAAGAUAGCUAUGCUGCAACAUAAUAUUUCUGAAGCAUUCUCAUAUCAACUGAAAAUUUUACACCUAAUGAGUAUUCGCUCUUGCUCAAAAACAAAGUCUGAACAUUUACGUGAAAAGGCAGAAUGUAAGACGGCAGAGGAUACUGAAAUAAAAACAAAGUCUUUAAAUCAUAACGUUAAAAAGAAUACUGAAUUAUUUAAUAAACAAGUGGAAAAGAAUUUAAUCGAUUCUGUCGAGGAUUGUGCUGUUAGAAACAAACUGAAAAUCCCAGCGAGUAAAUCAUUGAAUAGUUUACAGAUACUUCAACAAGAAUUGUACACAUUUGAUUGUCAAGGUGGUUUAGAGGAAUUAUGCAAAGACGCGAAGUGCGAAAACGCACCUUCAGAAAUUUUUGAAAACUCUUACGAUUCUGAUGCUAAUUCUGAAUCAGAUGAGUGGGUGGAAAAUCUUGUUUUGAUGCAAGAAAAAGAAAGUAGAACCGAGGACAAUUCAGUAUCCUCUGCUGCUAUAAAAGAAGCAGCUGAACAAAAUCAACUGUACAAAAGCAGUGAAAAGAAAAUUUCAUGCUCUCGACAAAACAACCUCAUCAACGAAGCCGUUAAAGUGAUUAAAUUUUUCUUAAACGAAAUGGAAAGUGAACCGGAUACGACCAAGUGCAAAAUAUUGCAAGAUACUCUUGAUUUCUGGAUUGAACAUGAGUUACCUAUACAAAGCAUAGAAAAUGUAUUUUUAGAGCAUAUUGAAUCAAUUUUUUACCCUCUUGGAUUAUUACUAUUCUGUCAAGAGAUAAUGGAUAAAUAUUUGGACACAAAUAAGAAUGAUACAGAAGUCAAGAACUCUACUCUGGUUAAUUUAUUUUCUGUUAAAUUUUGCCUUCAAGUGUGUUCUAUGUUAUUGAAUCAUAUUGAUCAAGAUGAGCCUGCACCCGAAUUUAUCAAGCUGUUAUCAUCUUUAACUGCUGAUCAUUAUGGACCACCACUCACUGGAUAUCCAGGUUCGAGUGGGAAUAAUACUUCGAAACAAAUGAUAGAAGGGAUUAUAAGUACUGUGUCUUCUAAUACUCACGAUUCUAGAUCAUUUGUACAUAUUAAGGAUCCAGACACAGUGUAUCGAUUUCUCGCUGCUGAAGAAGAUACAAUGGUAUUUACGUGUGGACAUCAUUUUCCAUUGUCUACCUACAAAACGGAAGUGAUUUCAACAAUGGAAACUGAGUUACUGACAUCUGAAUCACUAGUUCUUCCAUGUACAGCUCAGUAUCUAGGAAAAAUGUUAUUUCAAACGUCUAAACCAGAAAUAUUGUGUCCAUUGUGUAUACCACGAGCAUUGGAAACGUUGGUGAAAAAGAAUAAUGGGUGAGAACAAUUUGUAGUUUGCAAUGACUAAAAAUUUGAGUCUUAUUAGAAUUUCAAUCUUUGGUUUAUAGCAUAAAAAUGGCUAUAAAAAACAUGUUACCCAGGUGUGAGGUUUAUUAACCAAAUGCUAGUUGUUGUGAAAUAUAAUAUACAAUUGUACAGUAGUUAUAUUACAUUAGAAUUGUAUAAUAACGGAACACUAGAGAAUGGAUGCAGUUAUCUAAAAUUGGUGCAAAAUACUAAGGACUGAAAAAAAAGUACAUUCAUCUAGUCUGAAAAGUAUAUGCCAGAAUUAUAUAAUAAUUAAUCAUGGUAGAAGUUUUAUUAAUACAGGUAUAUAUUAAGUGAUCUUUUUUUUUUUGAAGUUACAUUUACUUUUAAUUAGAUUAAUAUAAGAAUAUGGUAGGAAAAUAGAACUAAUAUAUGUGUAUAGAAUACAAAUUUAUAACGUAAACAAGAUUUUUGGUUACAAAUGGAACAGGCUGGUAGAAAUGUUUUAUUGUCUUUUAAUGGUAGAAUUGCAUGAAAGUGAAAAUAUAAUAGAAAUAUAAUAUUAUAUGUCAGAGAUCUUCAUCAUGAUUUCAGUAACCAAAUAGGAAGGUUUUAGGCAUUAAUCAAUGCAAAUUUUAUUAUAAUUAUGUUAAAUUAUAAACUGCCGAAUAUUUUAUCAACUUAAUAAAUAUAAUGUAACAUAUUAAAUUUAAAUGAUUCAUGUUAGUUAUUUUAACUGGUCAAUAUUUUCUUAAUUAGUAUGCUACGUGAAUCAAUUUGUAGAGGAUUGAAAACUCUGAAACAGGGAACAGUCGUUGAAGAAAGUGCAAUAUAUGAAAGGAAAAUCGCGUUGAAUAAAAUCUAAAUCCUUCUGUUCAACAAUGGUACAUUUUCCUAUUAGUUAUUCUUUUAAAUAAACGAUAUACCUAUAUACUAUAUUUUCGACCUGCAAGACAGUCUUCCACGUCUUGUUUCUCGAUACGUAACAUACGGGUAUGAUAUAUUAAAACAAAUAUUCAAUUUAUCACGAAUAAAUUCAAUGGAAUUUGUUUGUGAUAAAAUGUAUCAUGUAUCUUUCGACAUCACUUGCGUAAUUAUUUUAAGUAUCGUAUCAAUUACGAAACGUAUAACAAAUUAAUUGAAAUCAGAUGUUUUUCAUUAAAUUUCAAUGAAUUUGUUUAAUUAUACGAACCGCAAUAAUGAUGUAACAUACGUACGUAUAUCCGAAUGUACAGUUUUGAACGUCUUAUAUAUUGAAGUCUUUCAUUGAUAGUACUUAGACAAUUAAAAAUAUUGGAUCAAUAAAUAUGAUUAGCAGAAC